AUGCGCAACUACAACAACUUCAACCGCGUGUGGAAGGCCCCACGGCGACCCUUCGAGAAGGAGCGUCUCGACCGUGAGAUGAAGCUCUGCGGGCAGUACGGCCUGCGCUGCAAGCGCGAGAUUUGGCGCGUCAACAUGACACUCUCAAAGAUGCGUCGCACUGCUCGCCUUUUGCUGACGCUUCCGGAGAACCACCCGCGCCGCCUUCUUGAGGGCUCUGCGAUUAUGCGCCGCUGCCACGGAUAUGGUUUCCUCGACGAAGAUAAGGACAAACUCGAUUAUGUGCUUUCUCUCACCGUUCCCGACAUUCUCGAGCGCCGCCUUCAAACGGUCGUCUUCAAGCAUGGCCUCGCAAAGUCAGUUCACCACUCCCGUGUUCUUAUCCAACAGCGGCACAUUGCUGUUGCUAAGCAAAUCGUUACGAUUCCUUCCUUUAUCGUGCGCGUGAGCUCUGAGCACCACAUCGCCUUUGCGGAUGCGUCGCCAUUCGGCAAUGGUCGCCCAGGUCGCGUGAAGCGUGUGAAAAGGAACGCUGCGAAGAAGGGUAGCGGUGGUGGUGAUGAUGACGAGUAA